AAUGAUUUCGUAAUGCAGUUAAGAUAAGAAAGAAAUGGGAUAUUUAUGUUUAUGUAGAAAAGGCGAAGGGAUUGAGUGAAGAGGAAGGGUAAGAUGGAGUCCCGCGGACACUCAAACCCGCUUCUGUCGUUUUCCAGCUUCGUCCAUCAACACUGCGUCCGUCUCGGGACCGACCUCGCCACUCGUUUGGAUGACACAAAGCGAGCCCUAGCUCAAGCUCAUCACAAUCUUCUAUCCCCCAAACAUGCCCUUGCCGCCACUCCCACAUUGGGCUCCAAUCACGUCGCCAAGUCCCUCGUCGGCACCUCUGUUUACACCGUCAGCAAUUCCAACAAUGAGUUCGUUCUUAUCUCCGACGCCGACGGAGCCAAGUCCAUUGGAUUGCUCUGCUUUCGCCAAGAGGACGCCCAAGCCUUCCUCGCUCAGGUUCGAUCAAGGAGCAGAGAACUUCGAAACAAGGCUAGGGUUGUUCCAAUUACUCUCGACCAGGUAUACAUGUUGAAGGUGGAAGGCAUUGCAUUCCGGUUCUUGCCUGAUCCAGUUCAAAUAAAAAAUGCUUUGGAGCUCAAACCAGCCAACAGGGGAGGCUUUGAUGGAGUUCCUGUCUUUCAGUCUGAACUUCUGGUUGUGAAGAAGAAGAACAAGCGUUACUGCCCUGUCUAUUUCUCUAAGGAGGAUAUUGAGCAGGAACUGUCCAAAGUUUCCAGGGCAUCUAGAACACCUGGUGCUUCUCAGCAAAUAGUGGUUGGUAGCUUGGAAGAUGUACUGAAAAGAAUGGAGAUGAGUGAAAGGAAUUCAGGAUGGGAGGAUUUGAUUUUUAUUCCCCCAGGAAAAAGUCACUCUCAACACAUACAAGAAAUUACUGAAUGAUUUCCAGGUCGCAAACUUAAGCUAACCAUAAUUUCAUGUGUUUUCCUUGAGAAAUUGGAUGUUAUUGUUGUCGGAAUUUGGUCAGCUAGUGAGAUGCCAGGACAUCUGCCUUCAAGUUGUGUUAUUCUUCUUGUCUUCUCAAUAGAAAUUCCUUCUGGUGUUAAGAUUCUCAUUGGAUGUAAUGUAAGGAAAAUGUGAAUGUGAGAGGACAUAAAGGCUAACGUACAUUUCAGUUAUGAGGUCAUUUUACUGUAGUUGAGCAUGCUGUGCGAGGGGUUUUCUUACUUCAUACGUGUACAGAUGAUUUAUUUGUUUCGGAAAUAGCUGUGUAAUCCUUUUCAUUGAGUUCUACAUUUUUUGGGAGAAAAA